AAUAUACAGACGUCCGAAAACCCUUCCCCACUUCCCUAUUUCUGCCUCGCUGCUGUACGGUAUAGUUUCCUCUCACCUCCUCUGCCAUGUCGCAGCGGCAGUGGUUCAACGACUCCACCUCCACUGCGCCCGCCCGCCGUGGCCGGCCGCAUUACGUUCCACCUCGCAGCCGACAACAGCCCAACAUUACCGUCACCGUUCCAACUGCUCGGACUCCGACCUGGCGCCGCCGCCACGUGGUCGUCGGUGGAUCCCCUUAUCGGCAGAUGUCUGAGGAUUUUGAUACCCCUCGGACACCUGAGGAGCUAGUCGACGCCUUAUCGGAACAAGUACGCGAAGUCAAACUGGAGUCUCCGAUGGCGGACAGUGUCGACGCCGCCGUGGAAGUUACAGGUGUGGACAUACCUCCUCCCGUAGCUUCGUUUGCUGAGAUGCGGUUCUUUGCGGAGGCCUUGAGCGAGAACAUAAGGAGGUGCAAGUACGUGACCCCCACUCCCAUCCAGAGGCACGCUAUUCCCGUCGCCAUGGCCGGGAGAGACUUGAUGGCGUGCGCUCAGACUGGCUCUGGCAAAACGGCGGCGUUUUGCUUCCCCAUCAUUAAUGCCAUUAUGGCAGGUAAACAGAUCGGGAUUGAGGAGCAUUGCGGUUACAGUGGUGCGAGGGUUAUGGAAGCUUGCCCUAUGGCUCUUAUUUUGGCUCCUACACGAGAACUCGCCUGUCAGAUUCACGAGGAGGCGAAGAAAUUUGCCCACCAAACUGGGAUCAAAGUAAUGGUUGCUUAUGGUGGGACCCCUAUUGUCUACCAGUUGCGCAAUCUGGAGAAGGGAGUGGACAUCUUGGUUGCCACUCCCGGUCGACUCAUCGACAUGAUAGAACGAUCGAAGGUUUCCCUAAGGAACGUAAGGUAUUUAGCUUUGGACGAAGCUGAUCGGAUGUUAGACAUGGGCUUUGAACCCCAAAUCAGGAAGAUUGUUCAGGAGAUGGAGAUGCCUCCAUGUGGUGAGAGGCAGACAUUGCUUUUCAGUGCAACAUUUCCUGCUGAAAUACAGAGGCUUGCCUCGGAUUUUCUUUCAAACCACAUAUUUCUUGCUGCUGGAAAGGUUGGCUCCAGCACGGAUCUGAUCUUGCAAAGAGUCGAGUUUGUUUCGGACAUGGACAAGCGAGGCCAUUUGUUGAAUCUCCUUUACUCCCAAAGGGCCAAAGUGGACAAUGCUAAGGAUGCUUUGACACUAGUCUUUGUAGAGACCAAGAAAGGAGCCGAUUCGCUCGAAGGUUGGCUGUCAAGAAAAGGCUUCCCCUCUGCAGCCAUUCAUGGUGAUAAAGCUCAGAUGGAGAGAGAACGCUCUCUGAAAUCUUUUAGAAGCGGCCGCACGCCAAUUCUGGUGGCGACUGAUGUGGCUGCACGGGGAUUAGAUAUACCACACGUUGCUCAUGUCGUAAACUUCGAUCUUCCGCGAAGUGUAGACGACUAUGUCCACAGGAUAGGACGGACUGGCCGCGCUGGAAAAUCUGGCCUGGCGACUGCAUUCUUCAGCGAAAAGAACGCACCCAUUGCUAAGGCACUUGUCGAACUGAUGCAGGGAGCAAAUCAAGAAAUCCCAGAAUGGCUUAGGGAGUACGCGGAUACAUCCCCGAGAAGUGCCUAUGGCAGACCAUCCCACCAUAGCCGCAACAAAUGGGAAAACCAGAGAGGUUCAUACCAAGAUUACAGCAACAGUGAUGACUACUCGAGCCAAUUCACCGACAACCCUUUGGCGACUCCUGCUUACACUGUCGACGACUAUGCAUCGUCUCCAUUUUCAGCUGCACAGAGCUCCCCCCACAUUGCAGACUACAAUGCUCCGGCGGCGACAGAUCCGUUUAAUUCAGACUCAUAUAGCAACGGAUAUAGUUACGGUUCCGUCGUGCCGACAGGCUGGGACUAGGCUUGAUCUCCUCCGACCGUACCUUCUUCUACAGUAUAGAUAGCAGGUAUGGCUUAGCUUCGCUAAUCUGGUAAAUGACUCUCUACUGAAAGUAAAAUUUCAGGCAGCAAUGAAUCGGUUUUUGAAGAUGACAAUGUUUUGAAUUGGGACAAUUUGGAGGGAACGCAGCCAUUUUUUGUUUUAUUAUUUUUGUCGAGCUGCCUAUUGUGAUUUUGGCUUUGAUGUUUUGACAGUUCAGUUAUCAUUUAUCCAUCGACUAUCAGAUAUACUUGAGUGCGGAUAAGAUUAUAUCUGUCAUAUUAUAUUGGCAGGCAAAUGUGUCAUUUUACACUCAUACAUAGUAACAAU